GCAUCCGGAAGGACGCGCUAUAAGCUGACAGGCGGUGCUUGGCCCGGCUGCUCGGCGGAAUAGCUGUGGAUGUGAACGGCAGGAGCUGGCGCUCGUGGCAGUCUCGGUGACCCGGGACCGCAUGGGUCACUUCUAGAACCUGACGCCAGUCCUGUUAAUCCAUGAUCACUGCCAACAUGUCUGGCAUAAUGACUAUGCUACAGCAAUUUGCUAAUGGCUUGAGGAGCAAAAAUGAAGAGACUCGCACGAAGGCAGCCAAGGAUCUGCAGCAUUAUGUCACCACUGAGCUGCGAGAAGUGAGCCAGGAGGAAGCGACACAGUUCUAUGAUGAGCUGAAUCAUUUCAUCUUUGAGUUUGUUUCCAGCUCCGAUGUGAGCGAGCGGAAAGGAGGGAUUCUUGCAAUAGUGAGCUUGAUAGGAGUGGAGGGCGGAAAUGCCACCCGAAUCAGCAGAUUUGCAAAUUACCUGCGUAACCUGCUGCCCUCCAGUGACCCCGUAGUAAUGGAGAUGGCAUCCAAGGCAAUGGGGCGUCUUGCUAUGGCGGGGGAUACUUUCACUGCGGAGUAUGUGGAGUUUGAGGUGAAACGUGCCUUGGAGUGGCUGGGCGCUGACCGCAAUGAAGGCCGGAGACAUGCAGGGGUUCUGGUGCUGCGGGAGCUGGCUGUCAGCGCGCCUACCUUCUUCUUCCAACAGGUCCAACCUUUCUUUGACAACAUCUUCUAUGGUGUGUGGGACCCAAAACAGGCAAUUAGGGAGGGAGCCGUGGCAGCUCUCAGAGCCUGCCUGAUCCUGACCACACAGCGGGAACCCAAGGAGCUACAAAAACCUCAGUGGUACAGGCAAACUUAUGAAGAAGCAGAGAGAGGAUUUGAUGAGACGUUAUCCAAGGAGAAAGGAAUGAACAGAGAUGAUCGGCUUCAUGGGGCCCUAUUGAUUAUUAAUGAGUUAGUGAGAAUCAGCAGCAUGGAAGGAGAGCGACUGAGAGAAGAGAUGGAGGAAAUUACACAGCAACAGCUUGUACAUGACAAACACUGCAAGGACCUAAUGACCUUUGGAUUAAAGCCUCGCCAUAUCACCCCAUUUACCAGCUUCCAGUCAGUGCAAUCCCAACCUACAAAUGCUCUGCUGAGCCUCUUGGGAUACACAGGUCAGCAGGGGAUUUUGGGAUAUGGAGCUGCCCCAAUGCCAGAGAAGUCUACCUUAGUUGAAAGUCGUGCAUGUCGGGAGCUAAUAGAAGAAAAGUUUGACCAGAUUUGUCGUUGGGUCCUGAAAUGCAGAAGUAGCAAGAAUCCCUUGAUCCAGAUGACCAUUUUACAUGUUCUCCCUCGUCUGGCAGCGUUCAGACCUUCAUCAUUCACAGCAGAUCAGUACCUCCCAGAAACCAUGAGCCAUCUACUGAGCUGCGUGCGCAAAGAAAAGGAGCGCACCGUGGCCUUCCAAGCUCUUGGGCUCAUCUCUGUUGCUGUAAGGUCAGAGAUUCGUGCUUACCUACCCAAAAUCCUGGAACAUGUCAAAGUUGCUCUGCCUCCCAAGGAUUUUGCUCACAAGAGGCAGAAAUCUGUGCAGGUGGACGCCACUGUGUUUACUUGCAUAAGUAUGCUGGCUCGAGCGCUGGGUCCCUCCAUCCAACAGGAGAUAAAAGAGCUACUGGAACCAAUGUUGUCUGUUGGGCUGAGCCCUGCCUUAACGGCUGUGCUUUAUGACCUGAGUCGACACAUCCCACAGCUGAAGAAAGACAUUCAAGACGGACUCCUGAAGAUGCUGUCUCUGGUUCUGAUGCACAAGCCGCUUCGGCACCCAGGGAUGCCCAGAGGCCUGGCACAACAGCUGUCCUCACCUAGCCUCACUAAUAUUCCUGAAGCCAGUGAUGUGGGCAGCAUUACUUUAGCGCUCCGCACUUUAGGCACCUUUGAAUUUGAAGGUCAUUCAUUGACGCAGUUUGUGCGCCACUGUGCCGAUCACUUCCUUAAUAGCGAACACAAGGAAAUUCGGAUGGAGGCUGCACGCACCUGUUCCCGUCUUCUCACACCCUCAAUCCAGCUUCUUAGUGGACAUGGCCAUGUGAGUCAGACUGCUGUCCAGGUGGUGGCCGAUGUUCUCAGCAAACUACUAGUGGUUGGCAUUACAGAUCCAGAUCCGGAUAUCCGCUACUGUGUCCUGGCGUCCUUGGAUGAACGCUUUGAUACUCACUUGGCCCAGGCUGAGAAUCUUCAGGCUCUGUUCGUGGCCAUGAACGAUGAGGUUUUUGAGAUCCGAGAACUGACAAUCUGCACUAUUGGCCGUCUCAGCAGCAUGAACCCUGCCUUUGUCAUGCCUUUCCUUCGUAAGAUGCUCAUCCAGAUUUUGACAGAGUUAGAGCACAGUGGUGUUGGAAGAAACAAAGAGCAAAGUGCACGGAUGUUAGGACACCUGGUAUCCAAUGCCCCACGCCUGAUCCGACCGUACAUGGAGCCCAUUCUUAAGGCUCUGAUCUUAAAGUUGCGAGAUCCAGAUCCCAAUCCGGCAGUUGUGACAAAUGUCCUGGCAACAAUUGGCGAGCUUGCUCAGGUCAGUGGAUUAGAGAUGAGGAAAUGGAUGGAUGAACUUUUCCCGAUCAUUAUGGACAUGUUACAGGACUCCUCCUUGCUGGCGAAGAGACAGGUUGCCUUAUGGACCCUGGGACAGUUGGUGGCCAGUACGGGAUAUGUGGUGGAGCCGUACAGGAAGUAUCCCUCUCUGCUGGAAGUGCUGCUGAAUUUCCUGAAAACUGAGCAAAACCAGGGAAUCCGCCGAGAGGCGAUCCGUGUACUGGGGCUGUUGGGGGCUUUGGACCCUUACAAACAUAAAGUAAAUAUUGGAAUGAUCGACCAGUCCAGAGAUGCUUCAGCACUGAGCUUAUCUGAAUCCAAAACCAGUCAGGACUCUGCUGACUAUAGCACCAGUGAAAUGCUGGUAAACAUGGGGAACCUGCCCCUGGAUGAGUUCUAUCCAGCAGUGUCUGUGGUCACUCUGAUGCGCAUCCUGAGGGACCAGUCUCUGUCCAACCACCAUACUAUGGUAGUGCAAGCCAUCACCUUCAUCUUUAAGUCUCUAGGACUGAAGUGCGUGCAGUUCUUGCCCCAGGUGAUGCCGACCUUUCUGAGCGUUAUCCGCCUGUGUGACAACAAUGUGAGAGAGUCUCACCAGCCUUCUCCUCAAAAGAGGACAGGCCUGAUGUCGCCUCAGUUUAUGUUCCAGCAGCUGGGCAUGCUGGUAUCCUUUGUGCGGAGCCACAUCCGCCCCUACAUGGAUGAGAUCUUUGCCUUGAUAAGAGAUUACUGGACCAUGAAUAAUCCUAUUCAGAGCACCAUUAUUCUGCUCAUCGAACAGAUUGUACUAGCACUAGGAGGAGAGUUCAAGCUUUAUCUGCCUCAACUCAUCCCUCAUAUGCUGCGAGUUUUUAUGCACGACAGUAGUGCUGGACGCUCUGUGACUAUUAAGCUUCUUAAUGCAAUACAGAUGUUUGGGGCAAAUCUAGACGAUUACCUUCAUCUCCUGUUACCACCUAUUGUAAAGCUGUUUGAUGCCCCGGAUUCUCCUUUACAAGCUCGGAAGGUGGCUCUAGAAACAGUGGAUAGAUUGACAGAAUCGCUGGAUUUCACAGAUUAUGCCUCCCGGAUCAUUCACCCAAUAGUCCGUACACUAGAUUUCUGCCCUGAGCUAAGACAGACGGCCAUGGACACACUCUCCUCAUUAGUCUUUCAGCUGGGGAAGAAGUACCAGAUAUUUAUACCAAUGGUGAACAAGGUACUGCUAAAGCACCGGAUUUUACACCAGAGAUACGAGGUUCUGACCUGCAGGAUUUUAAAGGGUUAUACUCUUGCAGAUGAAGAAGAGGAUCCACUAAUUUAUCAGCAUCGGACAGUGAAAGGAAACUUAGGAGAAACCUUUUCUAGUGGCCCAUUGGAUAGUGGACCUAUGAAGAAGCUGCAUGUCAGCACCACCAAUCUACAGAAGGCCUGGGGAGCAGCCCGUAGAGUGUCCAAAGACGACUGGUUGGAGUGGCUGAGACGACUAAGUGUGGAGCUAUUGAAAGACUCCUCUUCUCCUGCUCUUCGUUCCUGCUGGUCUUUGGCACAAGCGUAUAACCCUCUGGCCAGAGAUCUGUUUAAUGCAGCUUUCCUUUCCUGCUGGUCGGAGCUGAAUGAAGAUCAACAGGAUGAGCUGAUCCGCAGUAUUGAAUUGGCCCUGACGUCGCAGGACAUUGCUGAGGUCACACAGACACUCCUGAAUCUGGCAGAGUUUAUGGAGCACAGUGAUAAGGGCCCCUUGCCAUUACAAGACGACAAUGGAGUGGUCCUCCUUGGAGAAAGGGCAUCCAAAUGCCGAGCGUAUGCCAAAGCGCUACAUUACAAAGAGUUAGAAUUCCAGAAAGGACCCUCCCCCGCAAUACUGGAGUCCCUCAUCAGCAUUAACAAUAAGCUCCAGCAGCCGGAGGCAGCCUCUGGGGUCUUAGAGUUUGCCAUGAAGCAUUAUGGAGAAUUGGAGAUUCAGGCCACCUGGUACGAGAAGCUCCAUGAAUGGGAGGAUGCGCUGGUUGCCUAUGACAAAAAGAUUGAGGUGAACAAAGAUGAUUCGGAGUUGGUUUUGGGACGGAUGCGCUGUCUGGAAGCUCUUGGGGAAUGGGGACAACUUCAUCAGCAGUGCUGUGAGAACUGGCUUAACGUCAGUGAGGAUGCCCGCGCUAAGAUGGCCAGAAUGGCAGCGGCGGCAGCGUGGGGAUUAGAACAAUGGGAUUGUAUGGAGAAGUACACCUGCCUGAUCCCCAGAGAUACCCACGAUGGAGCCUUUUAUAGGGCUGUGCUAGCUCUCCACCAGGAUCUCUUCUCGCUUGCCCAGCAAUGUAUUGAUAGAGCCAGAGACAUGCUUGAUGCAGAGCUGACCGCAAUGGCUGGAGAGAGCUAUAGCCGUGCCUAUGGGGCCAUGGUCACCUGUCAGAUGCUGUCUGAGCUAGAAGAGGUCAUCCAGUAUAAACUUGUACCUGAGCGGCGGGAGAUUAUUCGUCAGACCUGGUGGGAUCGGCUGCAGGGCUGUCAGCGCAUCGUUGAGGACUGGCAGAAGAUUUUGAUGGUUCAGUCUCUUGUGGUCAGUCCUCUUGAAGACAUGAGGACUUGGCUGAAGUAUGCAAGUCUCUGCAGCAAGAGCGGCCGCCUGGCCCUUUCUCACAAGACGUUAGUGAUGUUACUUGGAGUGGACCCAGCUCUGGAAAGUGACCAGCCCUUACCUACAGCUCACCCACAAGUCACCUACGCCUACAUGAAGUACGUGUGGAAGAGAACGCGAAAGAUUGAAGCUUUCCAGGAUAUGCAGAAGUUUGUGAGCAACGUGCAACUUCAGGCCCAGCAUGUGGCUGAUGACCCGCAGCACAAACAGGAGCUGCAGAAACUGAUGGCCAGGUGUUUCUUGAAGCUUGGGGAAUGGCAGCUGAACUUGGAAGGCAUUAAUGAGUGCACAAUACCCGAUGUGCUUGAGUAUUUCAGUGCCGCCACCGAACAUGACCUCAACUGGUACAAGGCCUGGCAUGCUUGGGCUGUCAUGAAUUUUGAGGCUGUGCUACAUUACAAGCACCAUCACCAACCACGGGAGGAAAAGAAGGUCCGUCACCCGAGCAAUGCUAGUGCCAACACCGAGGCCAGUGAAAAUGAGAGCGAAGGAGAGAGCGGGGAGAACAGCCCUUUACAAUCUCCUGUACAAAAGAAGCCAUCAGAGGACAUCUCUCAAACGCUAUUACAAUACACCGUGCCAGCCGUGCAAGGCUUUUUCCGCUCCAUUUCUCUGUCUCGGGGAAACAACCUGCAGGAUACCUUGAGGGUCCUUACACUCUGGUUUGAUUAUGGUCACUGGCCUGAUGUGAAUGAAGCUCUCGUCGAGGGAAUUAAAACCAUUCAGAUAGACACAUGGCUGCAGGUUAUUCCACAGCUCAUUGCAAGAAUAGAUACCCCCAGACCUUUGGUAGGACGUCUCAUCCACCAGCUGCUCACUGAUAUUGGACGAUAUCAUCCACAGGCUCUGAUUUACCCCCUGACUGUCGCCUCUAAAUCUACAACCACCGCACGUCACAACGCCGCAAACAAGAUCCUGAAGAACAUGUGUGAACAUAGUAACACCCUAGUACAGCAAGCCGUGAUGGUGAGCGAGGAGCUGAUCAGAGUUGCAAUUCUCUGGCAUGAGAUGUGGCACGAGGGUCUGGAGGAGGCAUCACGUCUGUACUUUGGAGAGAGGAACGUGAAAGGCAUGUUUGCUGUGCUGGAUCCCCUUCAUGCUAUGAUGGAGAGAGGACCUCAGACGUUGAAGGAGACCUCUUUUAAUCAGGCUUAUGGUAGAGAUUUAAUGGAGGCCCAGGAUUGGUGUCGAAAGUACAUGAAAUCUGGAAAUGUGAAGGACCUGACGCAGGCAUGGGACUUGUAUUACCAUGUCUUCAGACGUAUCUCCAAGCAGCUGCCUCAGCUCACCUCCUUGGAGCUCCAGUAUGUGUCCCCUAAACUGUUGAUGUGUCGAGACUUGGAAUUGGCAGUGCCAGGAACAUAUGAUCCCAAUCAACCAAUAAUACGCAUCCAGUCCAUUGCGCCGUCUCUUCAGGUCAUCACCUCCAAGCAGCGGCCUCGAAAACUAACACUAAUGGGGAGCAACGGGCAUGAGUUCAUGUUUCUGCUGAAAGGACACGAAGAUCUUCGUCAGGAUGAGAGGGUUAUGCAACUCUUUGGUCUGGUCAACACACUUCUAGCCAAUGACCCAGCAUCUCUGCGGAAAAACCUCAGUAUCCAGCGAUAUGCAGUUAUCCCUCUGUCCACUAACUCGGGGCUAAUCGGCUGGGUUCCUCACUGUGACACACUACACGCCCUAAUACGAGACUAUCGUGAGAAGAAGAAGAUCCUCCUGAACAUCGAGCAUCGCAUCAUGCUGAGGAUGGCUCCAGAUUACGAUCAUCUCACCCUCAUGCAGAAGGUGGAAGUGUUUGAGCACGCUGUGAAUAACACCGCUGGGGACGACCUGGCCAAGUUGCUGUGGUUGAAAAGUCCAAGCUCAGAGGUCUGGUUUGACAGAAGAACCAAUUACACACGGUCUCUGGCAGUGAUGUCCAUGGUCGGGUACAUCCUAGGGCUGGGUGACAGACACCCCUCUAACUUGAUGCUGGAUCGACUCAGUGGGAAAAUUCUUCAUAUCGACUUUGGAGACUGUUUUGAGGUGGCCAUGACCAGAGAAAAGUUUCCAGAGAAGAUCCCAUUCCGGCUAACGAGAAUGUUGACCAACGCUAUGGAGGUAACCGGCCUUGAUGGAAAUUACCGCAUUACAUGUCACACAGUAAUGGAGGUAUUACGAGAACACAAGGACAGUGUCAUGGCCGUGCUGGAAGCUUUUGUAUAUGACCCUCUUCUCAAUUGGAGACUUAUGGACACCAAUAUAAAAGCCACCAAACGCUCUCGUACACGGACAGACUCGUACUCGGCCGGACAGUCUGUGGAAAUGCUGGAGACUGUUGAGCUUGGUGAAACUGCUCAUAAGAAGCCCGGAAGUACAGUUCCAGAGUCUAUACACACAUACAUUGGUGAUGGUUUAGUGCAGCCUGAAGCACUGAAUAAAAAAGCCAUUCAGAUUAUCAACAGGGUUCGAGAUAAGCUAACAGGACGAGACUUUUCUCAUGAAGAGACUCUGGAUGUGGCUACACAGGUAGAACUAUUAAUUAAACAAGCCACUUCCCACGAGAACCUUUGUCAGUGUUAUAUUGGAUGGUGUCCAUUCUGGUAGGAACUGUUGGGACCUCUCUACCUUCCUGACCUAGAUGGGUGUGAAGCUGGCCUUACAGCAAACAUCAUGGAUUGCCGAUCACCAGUAAUUAGUAAUAGUAAUUGCUCACCAGUAAUUAGUAAUAGUAAUUGCUCCAUGCCACGCCUGUCACUGACCAGACGUACGACCCAGAUUCUUGUACUGUUACCAAGCUUAAAAUCGAGAGCGAUUCUAGUGAGGAAUUACUGAUGUUUGUUAAGUUGGUAGCUGCAUGUGAUGUAGCUAUGAAGAAUUAUAAUUGUUAAUAAAGAGUUACAAAAUGUUCUUCA